AUGCGGGGCGCUGGAUUGACCACGGGACUGGCGGAGUAUUGGAACGCUGAAGAAACGGAGGCGGAAGCGGCAGGUGGCGGAGAAGCGGUGGGUUCUGAAGGCGGCUGUAGAAUCCUCCGUAACGACUCCACCAGCUCUGGAAAAGGGUCCGAACCCGCUGGAUUCAUACUGUUAGAGGUGACUGUGGAGAGUGGCCGCUCCCGAGGUUUUGGAUUUGUGAGCUUCUCCUCUCCAAAUGAAGCAGCCAUUAAAGAGAUGAAUGGAAGGAUGAUGGGCAGGAAGCCACUAUAUGUGACGCUGGCUAACAACAAUAAGCAGCGCAAGGCUUCCCUCACCCAGACUGAACAGUGUACAAGAAGCAGCAGUCCAACUGAGCCACACACAAGACCUCACAGCUUCUUGCAGAGGGUCCAUUCACAUCGUGAGUCACAGCUGACCUUGUAAUACAAGAAAUUUAAUUCAAUAAUAAAAUGAAAAAUAUCAGGUGCAAUGGUUAUACAAACUAUGAUAAACAGUUGGAGAAUUACUGUGAUAUAUAACUGAAUAGCUGCACAAUAAUUCUGAACACACAGUGUGUAUCUGUGACAGUAAUAGAGUAAUAUGACUCUGCUUUUCUCUUUCGGGUCGUCCCUCUGUUGCACUGGCCACCAGAUGAACAAAUAUACAUACUGUGUACCAUAUACUUCAAACUGUAUACUUCCUUUUUACAAUAAAUUACAUAAUUAAUUAACUGCAAGCUUGUACCACUAUACCAUCCUGUCAAUAAUCUUUCUCUUUUUAGUUUAUGACUUCUUUUU